GGCGGCGCUAUCGGUAGAUGACAAGGACUGGCGCACGGCGUGGUCAAUGAAUCGACGUUCCAAUGUUACUACACUGAUAUCUAAAAUAUAAUCCGAAAACUGUUGAAAUAUCAAUAACUUGUCUGACAGUGUGCACAGUGGACUAAGAUACUCAGUAUUACUUCCCCUUGUUUAGAUAGAUUUGACAACGAUGGGAGGAAAGAGAGCCGAGUGGUCUAACCCAGUAGAGUUCAUCCUGACCUGUGUUGGCUUUGCUGUGGGUCUGGGUAAUGUUUGGAGAUUUCCCUACCUUGCAUUCAAGAACGGAGGAGGGGCUUUCCUUAUUCCCUACUUUAUCUGUCUGGUUAUCAUUGGGAUCCCUCUUUUCUACCUGGAGAUCGCUUUUGGACAAUUUGCCAGUCUUGGACCCGUGAAAAUAUGGAAAAUAAAUAUUCUGAUGAAAGGUCUUGGGUAUUCCAUGGUCAUCGUUUCAUGGGGUAUAGCCCUAUAUUACGUUGUCAUCAUAGCUUAUUGCCUUUACUACUUCUUUGCAUCGAUGACGUCAUAUCUACCAUGGCAAGACUGUGACAAUAACUGGAACUCUUGUUUAUGUCAAGAUGGCAAACAAAACUUUUCGCUACCUGACCCUUGGCUUGGAGCUCGCAAUGAUUGCUUGACGUUUUCCUAUCCCGUCAAUACAACAGGUGUUUCAGUCAGCGAAGAGUACUUCCGACGUCAUGUUUUAGAAAUAACCGAUGGAUUUGAAGCCACUGGUGGAGUAAAAUGGGACAUAACUCUAUGUAAUCUUCUAGCCUGGACCAUCAUAUUUAUUGUGUUAUCUAAAGGAAUAAAAACUUUGGGAAAGGUGGUGUACUUUACGGCUAUAUUCCCGUACAUCUUGCUGACCGCUCUCUUGAUCCGUGGAUUAACCUUAGACGGAUAUAAAGAGGGCAUUGAUUUUUACAUCACCCCUAACCUUGACAAGAUCAGUGACGCUAGCGUGUGGUCGGACGCCGCAGUACAAAUCUUCUACUCCCUCAGCGCCUGCCAAGGGGGACUAAUUGCCAUGGCAAGCUUCAAUAAGUUUGACAACAACGUUUUAAGAGACACCUUUUUGGUUCCGGUUAUUAACUGCCUCACGAGUUUCUAUGCUGGUUUCGUCAUUUUUUCUGUGCUGGGGUUCAUGGCGUUUGCCAAGGGCACCACCGUAGCAGACGUAGCUACAGCGGGUCCCGGCUUAGUCUUCAUUGUAUACCCCGAAGGUCUUGCUCAGAUGCCUGUGGCACCAUUAUGGUCAAUCCUAUUUUUCUUCAUGAUGGCCAAUCUUGGAUUUAGUUCUGCGUUUUCCAUGGUGGAAACAGUGAUGACGGGACUACUUGAUGAAUUCCCUGCUAUCUCGAGAUCAAAAUGGCGAGUUCUCGGUUUCCGGUUUGGAAUCUGCAUGUUUGGGUUUAUAUUAGGACUGCCAAUGACAACAAGAGGAGGUGAUUACAUGUUAACACUGGUGGAUAACGCUGUCGGUGGCUUCCCCUUAUUGUUUGUUGGAUUCCUUGAGUUGAUUAUCAUAUGCUAUGUUUAUGGCUUCUUCCGAUUUAAACGAGACAUUGAAAUGAUGAUUGGUGACAGAGUGUGUGUGAACGUCUGUUUCUGGUACUUCGGAGCAUGUUGGCUACUGAUUUCUCCAUUAGCUCUCCUGGCAGUCAUUGUAUUCAAAAUCAUCCAGACGAAACCAUUUGAAAACGACGGAUACCUGUAUCCAGAUAGCGGUCAGGCGAUCUUCUGGUUGAUCCAGGUCACGUGUUUGAUUGGAAUUCCGGUUUGGUUCGUCUAUUACAGUUGCAAGAAAGGACUUGGGAAGCCGAAGUCUGAUUGGGGACCAGCUUUAACUGAGAAUAGGACCGGUCGUUAUGCCGCACCUUUCAGUGAUGUCACCAACUCCAAUGGAUCCGCCCCUGCUAAUGACUAUGCUAUGAACAUGAAGGGACAGCCCCAGGAGUACUCCAAUCAAGCCUACGUGGCCGAACCAGUGGACACAGUCGCCACCAAAUUCUAAAUCACGUGACUGAAUUAGUGUUUCCAAUAGUGAUCUUUUGAGUACAAGAUCUGGGCAGAAAAAAAAUUAACAAACAGAGAUCAUUCAAUACAUAAAAGAUGAUAAGACCUUUACGUCAAACUGACACAGCACCUCAUCAAUCGAUCACAUCCAUGAAGCCGCUGAGAUGUUGUGGAUACACUAAGGUGUAUGUCCACCAAUCGAGUACAUGACAUACACUAGAACACACGUUAUCUGAAAUACAGCCCGAACACAGCCAGGGAUCAUCGGGAUUGACCCAAAGGAAAUGCCAAAUACAGUAAAAAGUAACGCACUGCAUACUUUACAACGGAACGUAGAUCUAAGUGUUUAAAUUCUGAGUUAUGUUAUUAACAAAUGUUAUGUAUGAUUAUAUCAUUAAAUCAAUAAAUAUAUAUAUUUCUGUAAAUAAAACGUUAUAAUAAUCAA